AUGACGUCAACGAAAUAUUCACCAUCUGGCUACAGCCAAUUUGCUUGCAUUGGUGCUGGAUUCUCAGGCAUUGCCCUCGGAGCCACCCUUAAGCGAUGGUACGGUAUUACCGACGUUCGUUUCUUCGAACGGCAUAGUGACCUCGGUGGAACAUGGUACGCGAAUAAAUAUCCCGGCGCUGCUUGUGAUGUACCAAGUAUCCUCUACAGCUACUCUUUCGAGCCCAAUCCCAAUUGGUCUCGGGUUCUACCCUCACAAGAGGAGCUUUGGAACUACCAGAAAUAUGUCGCUGAUAAGUAUGAUCUACCGUCAAAGAUGACAUUUGGUGUCGAGGUCCAAAAAUGCCAAUGGAUUGAAGAAAAGAAGAGAUGGGUGCUAGAUAUUCGUGAUUGCAAAACUGGUGUCGUCUUCCAACACGAAUGCAGGUUCCUGUUUGCGGGCUCUGGUAUACUGGUCACACCUCGAGAGAUUGACAUUCCCGGCUCUGAAAACUUCAAAGGAUCCAUCUUUCACACGUCGCAGUGGAGGAGAGACGUUGACGUCAGUGGGAAGAACGUCGUGGUCAUCGGAAAUGGGUGUACAGCUGCCCAAAUCGUCCCCUCGAUCGUCGAUAAGACAAAGCAUCUGACCCAGAUAGUCCGUGCCAAGCACUGGAUGCUUCCGCCCAUCGAUGGCGUGUAUACCGACUAUAUGAAGUCCAUCUUCAGGUAUCUACCAGGGACUAUGAUGAUACAACGACUUCUGAUAUUCUUGUUCGCCGAGAUUGAAUUGAAGGCAGUCCCUAUGACUACCUCCGCUGCCCAAUUCCGUCAGAAGCGGCGCGCUUAUGCGGAGAAGUUCAUGCGAGACACUGCUCCGGCCAAGUAUCAUGACCUCUUGAUUCCGGACUUCGAAAUCGGCUGCAAGAGACGGAUCUAUGAUUCUGGAUACUUGGCAUGUCUUCACUCUAAGAAUCUGACUCUGACUAACGAGCGAGCUCUGAAAAUUGUCGAAAACGGAGUCGAGACAGACCGUGGAUUUAUCGAAGCCGAUGUUAUCGUGCUGGCUAAUGGCUUCUCUACCAACACCUUCCUUGAAGGAGUCGAGGUUGUUGGGCGAGAUAAAACGUUGACUCAGCAUUGGGAGUCGUUUGGUGGAGCCGAAGCCUAUAACUGCUCUGCUAUGAGUGGUUUCCCAAACUUCUUCAUGCUUCUAGGCCCCAAUGCAACAACAGGUCACACUUCGGCUAUCAUGGCCAUCGAGAACAGUGUCAACUUUGCAUUACGUAUCCUGAAGCCUGUCCUUGGGAGCCCCAAUGGAGUCGUUGAGCUUGACCGAGAUGCUGAAGAGCGUUAUGUCAAUCGCAUCCAGGAUGAUCUGUCAAAGACCGUUUGGAAUUCGGGUUGUCAAAGCUGGUAUAUCCAACCCCAUUCUGAGAACAGCCGAGUUUGGAAUGCCAUGGUUUAUCCAUAUUCACAGGGAUAUCUAUGGUAUAGAAGCCUGUUUCCUGUUUGGCGCGACUGGAAGAUCACUGGUCGUACCAGCAAAUGGAAAUCUGUGCUUCGGUUCUUGUUGAAGACCUUAUUAGUUCUUGCAGGUGGUAUCCGCCUACUUCGGCUACUGCCGCAUCAGGAUCAGUAUGCACCUAUAAACUGUCAACUAUUCCACUGCACCCUAGAGAGCUCAGGAGGUAUUCGCCCAUACGAAGCUCUGUCAUACGUUUGGGGAUCAGACCAUAAGCCUGAGUCUAUUUCACUAGACGGCUGCAGGCUUCCCAUUGGGGAAAGUCUCUUUGCUGCGCUAUUGCAUCUUCGAGAUCGCUCUAUUGAACGAAUUCUAUGGAUAGAUGCUAUAUGCAUCAAUCAAGAGGAUACAAAAGAAAAAGGACAUCAAGUCCAAUCUAUGGCCAAGAUCUAUGCCACGGCGACUCGUGUGAUAGUUUGGCUUGGAAAUGCAACACCCGACAUCAAUCAGUCGCUCGAAGUGAUACGCAAUGCAGGCUUUACGGCAAAGCAGCCUAAAAUUACCAAACUGAAUGAAAAUGCAAUCCUUGUAAUAGUCAAAGCACCUUGGUUUCAACGUAUCUGGGUACUCCAGGAGGCUGCCGCAGCUCGGCAUAUAGUGGUCAAAUGCGGUCAAGCUGAGAUUGAUGGCUAUGCGUUCUUUGCAGGCCUAGGUGUCUUGGAACUGCCCCAUAAAGACUAUACAGGCCUGCGGCCUCUGGCCUUAACGGUAGCUUACCUGGCUAAGGGCGCGGCCUUCCGGUCGAGAUGUGCAACUAGUCAGACAGGUAGAUUUUGUCUUGACAUAUGUCCACUUGCUCAGCUAGUGGACAUGUUUCACGCUCGCCAAGCCAGCGAUCGCCGCGAUAAGAUUUAUGCCUUACUUGGUAUGGCCUCUGAUGACCCCGGUAGUUCGGGCUUGUUGGUUGAUUAUGAUAUCUCAUGGGCAAAGCUGUUCAGCCAACUCAUCAACUUCAUCCUGAAAGGGGUAUCCGUCGAAACUUGGGAUGGAUAUCCGAUAGCAGUCAUCAGGAGCAAAGGCUGCGUUCUAGGCCUAGUGUCUUCAGUCAACACUGAUAUUGUUCGAGCAGACAAACAGCGGCUGGAAAUUACUUGGAACAGCCCAUCUGAAUCUGAAUGGAAGCUCUCCUACUGGACCUUGGAGGUCUCAGCAGAACCAGUGAAGGAAGGUGAUGUCGUCUGUCUUCUACAAGGGGCGAUGUUGCCUACCAUUAUCCGGAUGCACCACGAUUACUGGAACAUCAUAGUAAUUGCAGCUGCUUUUCCAGAAUACCUACAGGCUCCAAUGAGCGAUAAAGAGCCUGAGAUUCCCCGACUGUCAGCAACCUUACCCCAUGACUUUCUACUUGUCUGGGACUGGGAUAUGAGUCUAGACGAGUCCUGGAGAAGAAGUGAGUACGAGGACUUGAUGGGACACCUGGCACCAAAAGCUACGAAAGCUGGAUUACAGACUGAUUGCGAGAAGAUCGCCAGGCUCUGGAAUAGCGGAGUGGCAAUGCGAGUUAUUAAAAGGCUAAGGGGGGAAGAGAAUAUCCAGAAGGCGCUAAUCGAUCUUGAGAUGGGGGUGAUAUGGAGGAACUGCAACGAAUAUUAG